GGCCUCCCUCCCAUUUUCAAUCCUUCAUCCUCCGCAAAAAGCAGCAUGGCCUCGCGCAUCAGUCGCCGCACUUUCGCUACCGCAUUGCGUUCGGCAUCGCGUCCAGCAUUUCAGCAGUCUGGGCAUGCCGCCGCUCGCCGGGGAAUGUCCAGCUCUGGUGCGCACGAGCACGGCAGCUCAAGCAGUGACACUCCUUGGAUGAUCGCUUCGGGCGUUGUAUUCAUUCCUACGAUACUGUACCUCCUGUCGCCGUAUUCCAAGGCGGCGCCUCAUCAAGCGCAUGCUGCAUCAGGUCAUGGUGAACCGCACACUCCCGACGAGACUGUCGUCUCGCAAAAGGCGGAGUCAGAGCCAGAGCCCGCGCCAGAGGCAGCCUCGGGAGAGGUUGUGAAAGACGAUGAGGGCACCGCCGUCCCCGUCGAAGAAAUCAAAGAGUCUAUCGUGCGCGCUGUUACCGACGACUCUCCCAAGGAAGCCAUUCAAGCGGAGGCGACGGGAUCUGUCCCCGCCGAGUCUUCCACCCCGUACGAUAAUGGCGCACCUGGGCAGACGUCUGACGCGGAGAGCGAAUGGGAGCAGGUUGACAAGUCUGAGGGGGGUGCGAAGACGGGGACAGUGCAGGGUGAGGGUGCAUCGGGCCCGACGGACUUGGGGGACGCCAGGGAGAAGAGCAAACAGGGUCAGCAACCUAAGCAGGCGGCAGAAGACCAUUAAGCACACUGCCCAGUAUGAUUCUGUUUGAGUGUACUGUCGUUCGGAAAUAUUCACCAAUGCAUGUCUCUGUUGCGUCUUGUGCUGC